AUGAAGAUGGCUUCACGCAAAGCUCUGAUCGAACUUAUAGCUAGUUUUUGUUUUUUGAGCUCGUUUGUUCUUCUUGGUACAUCAACAAGGCAAAUCAAUCAACAACGAGAUUUGGUUUCCUUCGCAUGUAACAAUACCCUUUACGUUGAAGAGUGCUUAUCAUCGUUACGAUCAGAACCUCUAAACGAGACAUCCGAUCUCAGAGGCCUCGCGAGUAUAGCAUUGAAUCUGAGCAUCGCUCAUGGAGAGGAAACAAAAGGUUACAUUGAUGAUCUGAAGUCGAAAAGUGGAAGUGAAUCCAGAUGUUUGAAUGAUUGCACAGAAGAAUAUGCCGAUGCGGUUCAAAAUCUGGAAGAUUCAGUACAUGCGCUAAGGAUUAGGUAUUAUGAUAAGGUGACCACAUUGGUUUCGGCUGCAAUGACUGAUUCUGAUACGUGUGAGGAUUGCUUUGGGGAGACGGAAGAGAGGGAGUCUCCCCUGACUGAGAGAAACCAGUAUUUUCACAAGUUGUGUAGUAAUUUCCUGUCAAUCACUAGCCUUCAGUUUUGA